AUGGCUGAAUUUGAACCCCCAGUGCGUCCGAGUUACACGCAUGAAACUCCGCCUCGGGAUAUCCUCUACGACGUCUCUCACCGACCAUACUGGGCGCAGAGCCAGUACCAUACGACCCACGACGACCGCGACUAUUGGGACAACUGCUUCUUCUUUCCCGAAGAUUGUUCGUGGUCCCCGCCCAAGGGCUGGCGCAUCGACGAGAAGCCCGAGUACCAGUAUCAUCCUCCGGCCCGUGGUGACGACCACCAUCCCGACACCAUGAUUCCCGGGCUCCCCGAUAUUAAAAUGUUGGAUGCAGAGGCCCUCAGCGACCUGCUCGAGGACAACCUCUCGCCGCCCGAGAUCACAUCCAUCCUGUACGGCACCUAUACCCCGUGUCUCCCUACACCACCCCCACACAUCCCCGCUAACUUUUCCCAACCCAGAGUCUUCGCUACUAAUGGCGCCAUCUUCGCCUACGCCUCUCCCCUCCCAACCCGCCAACUGCGCAACCUGAGCGCCACCUACGGCGCCGCCUACACAUGCUACGCCAAGAGCGCCUCCACAGGCAACCUCACCGGCGUCAACCCCGCCAGUCAUCCGUCCUCCUAUGUCACCGCACAAUCCGUCUCCCUGGGCGACGUGGGCUCCAUCGUCUUCGAGCUUGACGACCUCGUCGCCGUGGUCACCCGCAUCGCAGACAAGGUCCUCCUCGCGGCCGUAGGCCCGUCGAAGCUCGCCACGCCCGCCGCCAUCAACGGGUCAGCGAAGCCAGCCACCAACGGAACCGGUUCGGACAAUGAGCCCGCCGCCGCCGGCCCAGACGCCGAGCACGCGCAGGCCCGGACGUCGUCGGCGAAUCACACCCCCGCCAACGGCACGCCGCAGAGCAUGUCGCGGAUCCAGAGCGAGACGGCGCUGCAGACGGACGCGCAGCUCGAAACGCAGUACCAGAUCGAUCGAAGUAGUGACCUCCAGCGGCUGGCGAGUUUGAACCUCUCCGCGUCGCCGGCCAUUCUGCUGGCUCUGGAGUCCAAGUCAGCCGCGCUGGGGCGGUUCUUGAGUCAGAAGCUGGAUGAUCUGGAGAGUCCGGAGGAUUUUUAG